GUCAGAUUUGUCUCCUUUCCCCGUUGUCUUUGCGCCAGACCCUGGACCCAACCAAACACCCUUGCUUCGUCUCUCCUUGUGUGUUUGCUUCGCUUGCUGCGUAUUUGCUUUAGUUCCGUUUGGCAUUUUUCGCCUGGUCGGGCUUUGUCCUUUCUCUCUACCGCUCCUUUUUGUCUUUAUCGCGGCCUCUACCGGAAUGCAGUGCUAGCCUCGGCCGGUCUCACUUGGAAACACUCGAUUCUUCAUCUGAACCACCGGAAUCAUGACAACGUCAUCUUCUAGAUCGGAGAGUGUGAACCCUCCGCAGCUGGACAGCAACAGCUUCGUCGCUUUCGACCAUGCCGCCGCCGGACAUGACGGUGUCCGCUGUACGCCCUCCGGCUCCUUGAUUGCGAAACCCUGUACCCACGAAGAAAUCGCUUUCUACGAAUCCAGCGCCCUCCAUCCCACCUUCAGGGAUUUCAUGCCCACGUUCAUGGGAACCUUGUCAUCGGCUGACCAGCAAGACCCGCUUGCCCUCGCCGCCUCUCAGCAAGGUGGCGCUGUCGUCUUGCCCGAGUCGGAUUCCACGUCUACUACGAAUACUCCCGCGACCACCGACCCAUCUGCCACACCCUCGCAAACGGCACCGGAUACCACAAAGCAAAAAGAAUCUUGGGUGCCAUCUGGAGGGAAGAAGCUCGAGACUGGCCUCUCAAUCGUGCUGGAAAAUGUGGCGUCAGGCUUCACCCGGCCCAAUGUCCUGGAUGUUAAGCUCGGGGCCCGACUGUGGGCGGACGAUGCGCCCCCUGCGAAGCGGGCUAAACUGGAUGCGGUGUCGAAGGAGACAACGAGCUCUAGUCUCGGGUUCCGGAUCGCCGGAAUGAAGGUGUGGACUGGCGUCAAUGGGGAAACUGAUGCGGGAGGCAAGACGGACCCGUAUGACGUGCGCCACGAGGGGUCCGAGGGUGCCAAGGGCGAGGUGAUUGAGAAGGAUGGCUAUAAACGUUACGAUAAGUGGUAUGGACGGUCUUUCAGCCAAGAGAAUGUCAAGGAAGGCUUUGAGGCCUUCCUGGCCGGCGCUAAGGCUGGGUCCAUUGACCGAGCCAAGUUCCUGGCCAAGCGGCUGGCCGACGAGCUGAGGCGCGUGCAGCAGGUCAUCGAAGCCGAAGAGAGCCGUAUGUAUUCGUCAAGUGUCUUGAUUGUCUACGAAGGAGAUCCUACGGCGAUGGAAAAUGCGCUGGAAGAAGAAAAGAAGGCCAUCGAGCGGGGGCCGGAAGAAUCUGAGUCUGAGGAUGAGGAGUUUGAACUCGAACUCCAAGAAGACGGGUCCUAUCAGAUAGUCGACCUACCAACUGGCCCAGGAGGCGCCACGCAGCAGGUCAAUGCCAUCAAUAUUAGCAUUGACCCGGCAACCGCCCACCUGGGUGAUCUGGGCGAGGACGAGGACGAGGAAGACCCUCCCAAGGUGCAUGACCUGCGUCUGAUUGACUUUGCGCAUGCCAGCUGGACACCUGGCCAGGGACCAGAUGAGAACGUUCUCACGGGCAUCCGGAGCUUGGUCAAGGUAUUCGACGAGCUGGCAGUCGAAUAGCCCCAACUGUACUACUGUCUUACUAUCUAUCCAACAAGUCGCUGGCGACUGCGGAACAUCUGUUUUCAUAUAGCAUGAGCAUAUCUGUCUUUAUUUGCCACUGUUUUCUAGCUGGAGUGUAUAAUAGAUAAUCAUUUGAAAAAC